AUGUUCUGGGAAAGUGCAGCUGUUCCACCCCAAAUAACAGAAGAAACGUCUCUUGAGGAGUUUUUGGAUGAUGACUACGUUAUACAGCAUGUUAUGGCUCGGUGUACUGAAGUCAUCAAUUACCUCUUAAACGCCAAUCGUAUAUCGCAUCUCAUUGAUUUGGUUACUGAUCAGUCAAACAUUACGUUUGACGCUGUUAGAUUCAAGCGUCCCUCUGUUGCGGCAGAAAUCCUCUCCAGUGGUGUUCCUGCUCUAGUGGACUUUCUCGUCUCCACGGGCUCCCAGACAAGUGCCGGUGAUGUCGAUAAUGUCCUCCAUCCCGGCCCUAUGCCAUUUGUGGAAAGUCUGUUGAACUUUCUAGACGCAGCUGCUCCACUCAACCCCCUUUCCGCCAGUUUCUUUGUCAAAAUCAUGACCAAUCUGCUCUACUCCAAGGCCUCAGAGCUGGUGCCAUAUCUGCGAGCCAGGCAGCCGGAUUUUCUCUCCACCCUGUUGCGUCACAUUGAAUCGCCGGCAGUCUGUGAAUUGCUCAUUGAAAUGCCGCACCAGGAUAACGGUCAGCAGCAUGCUGUGGCUCAGUGGUUCCUGGAUUGUGACAUUAUCAACAAACUCCUGGAUAUCCUUUCGCCGAAGGAAACGCCGGAGGUGAGUUCUUGCUACCUUGAUUAG